AUGCUCGACCAGGUGCUGCCCGAGGCUGAGGUCAGGGCACUCGAAACAGUGGACGUCUAUAUCGCAACCAUUGAGCCCAAGCACACGAAUCAGGUCAUCAAGUUCAUCCGGGGUAAACUACCUGCCACGCAAGGUUUAGAUCACAUCAAGCAGAUCCGCAAGACCACCACCGAUGAUGGAGCCGUCAAGUUGGACGUUGUCCUUUGUGAAGGGUUAGCGCUGUCGGCACAGGUUCUCGAUCAGUUGUUGAAACAGGAAGGGCUGGACUCCAUGGUGACCCCCAGAAUCCACGGUGUACCUAGAUAUCCCCCUUUGACACGAGACCAGUUUGAACAGUGGAAGGCUGCUUGGCCCACCACUUUUCGCGAGGAUACGAACAGACAUCCAAAAAUCUCGGACAAAGACGAAGCAGCGAUUAUAGGACACAUCCAGUCUGCGUGGGGCCAUACAGCCGAGGCGACAUCUAAGGGCGAGCUCCCUAUUGUGGCCAUGAUCGUGGACCCUUUGACUCAAAAAAUCAUGGCGACUUCAUACGACACUCGGAAAAGUACUGGAUAUAUUCUCCAGCAUGCAGUCAUGAACUGUAUAGCGGCGGUCGCCAAACGGGAACGAGAUGGAUCUCUGAGUCAACGUGCUGAAUAUCACCACCAACAGCCUCAUAGCGUCGGCAGCGACACUGUCGUUCUAAUUCCCUCAGCGAAACAAGGAGCCGAACCAAUAACUGGAAGAGAGUCGACACCGUCGCCAACCUGCGGAGAAAAGCGGAAAAAGAAUCCCGUCAGCGAGACAAACCCUUUAACACCCUCCCCAGAAUCAUCGGUAUCGCCAUUGUUGCGGGACGAAGGAGCUGGUGAUACUGAGGACAGACGUGUCAAGAAGGCAUACCUGUGCACUGGCUAUGACGUCUUUUUGACUCAUGAGCCCUGCGUGAUGUGUUCGAUGGCGUUGGUCCACUCUCGCGUUGGACGCGUCUUUUACACUGUCCCGAUGGCAGCUUCGGGAGGACUUGGCAGUCAACACAAGAUCCACAGCCACCCCAAUUUGAACCACCACUUUUUUGUCUAUCGUCAGGUUGGAUAUCAAGCACAACAGGACAAAGUCAAGGAGCAGUGCGGUGAUGAUUCUAUGAACGGAAACAAAGGGGCGAGCACAGGACUCCUUGCGUUAGAAGAUCAGAAGAUUGACUGUUGA